GCCACAAAACCCACAGGAACAGAAGAGGAGGUUCCCUGUGGCACUUCUCCACAAUGUUGUGAGGUUGUGACCCAGUAGCUGGGCUGUCUGUGCUGGCAUAGUGAGAGCUCUGAGCACAGCUUCCUUUGUGGAACAUGCAGCAGAACGUGGCUUCCUCCUUAGAGGAGAUUGUAUCACAGAAUUAUGGAAUUCUGAGCUGGAAGGGAACCCACCAGGAUCAUCCAGUCCCACUGCUGGUCUUGAACAGACUCCCCAACAAUCCCACCGUGUCCAAACUCUCCUGGAGCUCUGGCAGCCCUGGGGCUGUGACCAUUCCCUGGGGAGCCUGGGCAGUGCCAGCACCCUCUGGAGGAGGGAAGAACCUUUUCCUGAUAUCCAGCCUGACCCUCCCUGACACAGCUCCAGCCAUUCCCUCAGCCCCCAGGUGCCAUGGCCACAGCAGCUUUUGGGGACUCAGCACCAGCUCAGCUCUGCUUCCCUCUGGGCACAGCUGCUCUGCCCUGGGCCAGCACUGUCACCAUGCACGUCUCCAGGCCCAAAUCUGCCAAGGGACAGAGGCCAAGCCUGAGCCACCGUCAGGCCAUGGAAGCCUGUCCGUGCCACGUGCCAUCCUCCCCACUGGCAGCCUCUCCUCGGGAAUUACUGCACAGCCAGAGAGCAGCACUCACCAAACCGGCCUUCCCACCUGCCCAGGUGUCUCGAGAGAAAAUCCCAAAGCUCCUGCAGCAAGUGCCCUUGAGGAGCCCCUCCUCCUCCCUGAACAAGUACCGGGUGCUGCCCUCCAUCGUCGGCAGGGCCGCGGGGAGCGAGGGGCAGCAGCAGGCUCCCAAAGCCAAGGCUGUCUCUGGAGGACAGGGAUCUGCCAGCACAUUGUCAGGAAGUGACAUUGCCACUGAAGAGAGCUCACAGGUGCACUGUGCCCCCGGGCAGGGGGGAAGGCAGGAGGGCCUGGAGGAGCCGCUCGUGCUGCUCGCUGUCCGAUCUCCCUCUGGGCAGAGGUUUGAGCACCACUUCAAGCCCUCUGACAGUCUCCAGACAGUCCUUGCCGUGGCAGGACAGAAACUGUUGGCCAACUACCAACACUGCAGGGUUGAAACCAUGGAGGUUCCCCGGAGGAGCUUCUGUGACCUCUCCAAGUCCCUUCAGGAGUGCGGGAUCCUGGCCAGGUCCGUGCUGUGCAUCCGACGGGACGAGCACGAUGCAGAUCUUUAGGCACACAGGGCUGCUGUGGGUCCUUCUGCUCAGUGGGGUGCAUUGCUUCUUCCAAAAAAUGGAGUCUGAUGCUUCCUGCACCUACUUCUUUAUCUUCCAUCUCUCACAAAAUCCCUGUGAAGCAGAGUUGUGGAUAUGGAAUAGUAUUUGAAAUAGUAUUUCAGAUGCAUAAACCUGAUUGAUACAGAGCAGCUCGUGUCACCUGUGCCAUCACCAAUUUCUGCCUCAGCACCACCAACCUCCAGCCUUUCUGGUUUGUUGAAGUUGCUCAUGUUCUUUGAAAUCUCAGGUUUCCAAGACCUCUCCCCUUGUCCUUUUCUAUGUUUUGGGAAGGCACCACUUCUCUGAAUGCAGUAGCACCAUUUAGGAAAGUAGAAACAGAACUGCUUUAGCUACAGGACCACCUUCAGUAGCUUAUCAUUAUCCUAAACAUCUUUUCAAGAGACUGAAAAGGAGAUCAAACCCCAAAACCAUCUGGAAAUAACAGUAAUAACACAUUAAUGAGUUAUUGUGAAGUAUUAAAUUGCAAGACUGAUUGUAAAAUACCUGUGAGGGCUCAGGUGUUUCUGGGUAACCUCAGUCCAGCUCUGAGAUUAAAUCAUCUUUUUAAAAACAAAUAUUUUUUAUUUUGGCUGUCUUGGGGAGCAGCAGGAUUUUCUCGUUAGUCUUCCUUCUUUUAUUUGGCUCAUGUGAUCCAUAGGUGGAUAGUUAAGAAGAAAUGUAACAGAUAAUUCCAUUUAACUCCUCUACACUGAAGUGAGAUAGUCCAAGAAGCAAGUGCUGCUUUGGGAAUUUUUAAAUAAGAUAUUAAUGGGAUUUGACUGAGAAUUGGCUCAAGGAAUAAGCCAUCUUUUACUAAACCAUCAUUAAAAGGCUGGUUGGAUGACUUGGCAGGUUUAGAUAAACACAAUGUGCUUGUGCUAAAAAAAGAGAAGUAUCUUCUAGUUUCUAAUGGAAUUUCAAAGGCAGUAAUUUUUAAUCUCCUUUAAAAAUGGACAACUUGCCACACAGAUGAGUGAGUUUAAAUAUUUUGAGGCAAACCCAAUUUAUUUUGAAGCUCAGUGUACAACUCUGCACCAACAACAGGAGCAGAAAUCUGAUUGCUGGUGCUGGCUGAGUGUGGCACCUGUUGAUAAAUCAGGUGUUCAGGGUCCAGCAGCUUUGUAAAACCAGUAUCAGAUGAACAGUGGUCCCUGCUGCUGUUGGUGAUGGGAAUUGCUCAGCAGCAGUCCCAGAUAUUGAAACACAUGGAUGCCUUCAAGAAAACCACAAAGUAUUUCCCUUGGUUUCAUUUUCCAUGUUCCCUUCAGUGUUAGGUAGUUAAUUCCCUAUUUCUGCCUGUUGUGUGGACUGUGUUACUCCCACAUUUCAGAAUGUUUCCAUCCUGUGUUAAAUAAAACCUUUUAGCCUGAAACUUGAACUUUAAAUUAUUUACAUGAGCUGAGGUUUAUCCAGCAUACCUGCUCUUAAAAAAACUUUCAAUUGGAUGGCA